AUGGCUCUCGCCGCCAAGAGAUUUUGGGAUGGGAACAAGACUAGAAGCUCAAGACCAAGAGGAAGCUCAAGAUACUCUCCUCGUGACUCUCCAAGAAAUUUCUCCAAGAGCCCAAGGGAAGGGCAAAGGGGGAGAACGUGCUACAAUUGCAUCAACAAAAGUCAUUUUGUUGCGGAUUGUGUCUAUGAGAGAAGGGAAGACAAUGGUGGAAGGCUCGUCUGCAAAGACAACUUCAAAUCCCUCUCCAAAGGAUUCUCUAAGUUAUCCUCCAAGCCCGGUGACGCCAAGGUCUCCAUCACCAAGAAGCCUAGAGCUUUCAUUAUCUGUGAGGAGUAUUCCUCCGAUGAAGGCGAAGAGCGUGAAGAGAAGAGCUCGAACAAGGAAGAAGAGGGAUUGGCCGCCAUCGCCAUCUCCACUCUCUCCAACUCCCUCUUCAACUCUCCUAAUGAGAACCUCAUCGCCAACAACUCCCGUUGCCUUAUGGCAUAG